AAGUUAACCAAUCAUUUAAAAUGUAAACCCUAUUAAAUCCUAUUGUCAAGAAAUCUGACAUCGGUCUAGUUCAGGGAUGGUUCAUAUUAUAAAAACCACUCAGUGACCUUUUCCACAUAGAUGAUUAGCCCUAAUGCCUGAAGUAUUCAGAGGUCAGAAAUGUAACUCAGCAGUUUACAGGACAUGAUACUCAAUCUUUUCUAUUCAACUCAGAGGUGGAGGGUAUGAGUGUUAAAUCUCACCAUAUAACUAGACUAAAUAAAUCUUCAAUAACAGAUUCUUAUCUAUUUAGAACUAACGUCUCAACAAGGCAAUAUUAGAAAUGAAGGGUUAACAUGCCAGUUUAUUGAAAUGUCCAGUAGUAGAAAAUACAGCCAGUAAGUUGUGUGACACACAGUUGAUGUGUGGGAGCUUCAGACCAACUCCAUGGUGAAUGGGAGCUCUGUACCUUAUGUUUGUAUAUUUACUCAGGAAUGCUGUCUCCAUCUGAGGACCUUUUAAUCACCAUGGGGUCUUUUCACAUGACAAUUGAGCCACCUUGACUCGUCUACUUCCUGCACUGAGAACAUCAGACCUCAAAUGAGACAGUGUUUACACUUCAGAGUGGUGGGACUGUCCAGGGUGUGGUCUCACUGUCUUACAUAGGCAACAUAUCCACAAUGUGUGUUAGCGGCACGUGAAGCAGAUCCUGAAGGUCUGGUCUGGGAGAACUGCAACACAGUUAUGUUCUUCACCAUCAUCAGGUGUGGGAAGAAGAGGUGUAGGAUGUUCGGCAUGUCAAGUAACACAGUGUUGUUACUAAGCGUGUGUGCUGUGGAAAGAUGAGAUGUUGACUAUGUUAACCGCCUCACAGGAAGUGGAGUUUGGACUGUACUCUGCACAGGUUUCACUGGUUCAGAAAACAAUGAAUGACCAGCUUUUCUGAACGUUGACCCUCAGAGAAUGAUAAAUGCUCCACCUCUCAGCCUUCCUUAUUAAAGUUUGACCUGUCAUUUUUCUUCUCUGUUAUUGAGAGGACUGCGGUCGAGCAGAGCAGUCCCGGACAGUGCUUCGGACCUCUGAUCCACAACAAAUCUCCUGAAGAACUUCAGACUGGACAAAAACAUCAUGUUGAGUAGAGACCUUCCAGAUAUUGAGAGCAUCCUGGCUCUGAAUCCCAGGGUGAAAACUCACGCUCAGAUCACGUCCACAGCAAACAAGAAGAAAGAAAAGAAACACUGGAAAAGAAACCCAGAGAGAAACUGCGAUUCUUGUGUGAAGUUGGACAACAACUUUGACGACAUUAAACACACGACACUGAGCGAGCGUGGCGCUCUACGAGAGGCAAUGAGGUGUCUAAAAUGUGCCGACGCACCGUGUCAGAAGAGCUGCCCGACCAACCUUGACGUCAAGUCAUUUAUCACAAGUAUCUCCAAUAAGAACUACUAUGGGUCAGCACGGGCCAUCCUGUCAGACAACCCGCUGGGUUUGACCUGUGGAAUGGUUUGUCCCACGUCAGAUCUGUGUGUCGGAGGCUGUAACCUGUACGCCUCUGAGGAAGGGCCCAUCAACAUCGGAGGGUUACAGCAGUUUGCUACCGAGGUGUUUAGUAAGAUGGGCAUCCCUCAGAUCAGGAGUCCUGAACUCCCACCAUCCAAUGAGAUGCCUGAGUCUUACCACAGCCCCAUUGCUCUGAUUGGCUGUGGCCCUGCGUCAAUCAGCUGUGCUUCCUUUCUGGCCCGACUGGGAUAUGACAAUGUUACUAUAUUUGAGAAACAGAAGUACAUUGGAGGACUGAGCACAUCAGAAAUCCCCCAGUUCCGCCUUCCCUAUGAGGUGGUCCAGUUUGAAGUAGACCUAAUGAAGGAUCUCGGAGUCAAGGUGAUUUGUGAAAAGGGUCUCAGUGCUGAAGGAAUGACCCUGACGUCCCUGAAGGAGGACGGAUUUAAGGCUGUCUUUAUUGGAAUUGGUCUCCCUCAGGCAAACAGAGCUGAGAUCUUCAAUGGUUUGACCAUGGAUCAAGGCUUCUUCACCUCCAAAGACUUUCUGCCCCUGGUGGCCUCAGCCAGUAAGAAAGGUAUGUGUCAGUGUCGCUCGUCUCUGCCGGAGAUAAGAGGCGUGGUGAUAGUUCUGGGCGCUGGAGACACUGCGUUUGACUGCGCCACCUCGGCCCUUCGCUGUGGAGCCAGGAGAGUGUACGUCUGCUUCAGGAAGGGCUUCACCAACAUCAGAGCUGUUCCCGAAGAGAUGGAGCUGGCUAAGGAGGAGCAGUGUGAGUUCUUGCCCUUCCUGUCCCCUCGAGAGGUCAUCAUGAAGAACGGACGGGUCGCCGGGUUACAGUUCUGUCGCACUGAGCAGACUGAGAAAGGUGACUGGGUGGAAGAUGAGGACCAAGUUGUGAGGCUGAAGGCAGAUUACAUCAUCAGUGCCUUUGGUUCAGUGUUGAGUGACCAGCAAGUGAUGGAGGCCCUGUCUCCAGUGAAGCUGACCCGCUGGGGAACUCCAGAGGUGAACACAGACACCAUGCAGACCAGCGAGCCCUGGGUGUUUGCAGGUGGAGACAUCGCUGGUUUGGCAAAUACCUCAGUGGAAUCCGUGAACGAUGGCAAACAGGCCUCAUGGCACAUUCACAGAUACAUACAGUCCCUGCAUGGACAGACAGUGGACCCAGUCCCCAAGCUACCAUUGUUCUACAGUGCUAUAGAUGAGGUGGACAUCAGUGUCGACGUUUGUGGAAUAAAAUUUCCCAACCCGUUUGGACUGGCUUCUGCUCCACCCACCACCACCACAGCCAUGAUCAGAAGAGCCUUUGAACAAGGAUGGGGUUUUGCUCUCACCAAGACAUUUGGACUGGACAAGGACCUGGUGACAAACGUGUCUCCUCGUAUCGUGCGUGGCACCACCUCAGGUCAUAUGUAUGGACCAGGCCAAGGCUCGUUCCUCAACAUCGAGCUCAUCAGUGAGAAGACAGCAGCGUACUGGUGUCAGUCAGUGACUGAGCUGAAGAAGGACUUCCCCAAUAAUGUGGUGAUCUCCAGUAUCAUGUGUAGUUACAACAAGGAAGACUGGACUGAACUAGCCAAGAUGGCAGAGAAAUCAGGUCCAGAUGCACUGGAGCUAAACUUGUCUUGUCCUCAUGGGAUGGGGGAGAGAGGCAUGGGUCUGGCCUGCGGACAGGACCCGGUGCUUGUACGUAACAUCUGUCGCUGGGUGCGAGCAGCCAUUUCCAUCCCGUUCUUCGCCAAACUGACACCAAACGUUACCAACAUUGUUGACAUCGCCAAGGCUGCUUACGAAGGUGGGGCAGAUGGAGUCACAGCUACAAACACAGUGUCGGGUUUGAUGGGACUGAAGGCAGAUGGCUCUCCCUGGCCAAGUGUCGGGGCGGAAAAACGCACCACCUACGGAGGGGUUUCUGGUAACGCCAUCAGACCCAUCAGUCUCAGAGCGGUAUCAGCCAUUGCCAGAGCAAUUCCGGGUUUCCCUAUACUGGCCACUGGGGGCAUUGACUCAGCUGAGUCUGGACUACAGUUCCUCCAUGCUGGGGCCUCAGUGUUACAGGUGUGCAGUGCAAUUCAAAACCAGGAUUUCACAGUCAUUGAGGAUUACUGUGUAGGUCUGAAAGCUUUGUUGUACCUCAAGAGCCUGGAGCUGAAGGACUGGGAUGGUCAGUCUCCUCCGACAGCGAGACACCAGAAAGGAAAACCAAUUCCAAGACUGGAAGAAAUGGUCGGACAGAGCCUCCCCAGCUUCGGUCCAUACCUCAAACAGAAGAAGGAAACCCUCGCCGAGUACAAGAAAAAGCUCAGAGAAGCACCGAUAACUGAUGUGGUGGAAACUAACAUCGCCCGAGUUAACGCGCCCAAAAAACCUGUUCCAGCUGUCAAGGAUGUGAUCGCCAGAGCUCUGCGCUACAUUGGAGCAUACAACAAUCUUAACAACAUGGAGCAGGUGCAAGCGCUGAUAGAUGAAGAGAUGUGUAUCAACUGUGGGAAAUGUUACAUGACCUGCAAUGACUCUGGAUACCAGGCCAUAACGUUUGAUCCAGAGACUCACCUUCCCUUCGUGAAUGACAGCUGCACGGGCUGCACUUUGUGCUUGAGCGUCUGUCCAAUCAUAGACUGCAUCCAAAUGGUAACCAGGACAACACCCUAUGAGCCCAAGAGGGGUGUGCCCAUUAGUCCUGUCUGCUGAAAGGAAGAAAAAAACAACUAACCAAACCCUUUCUGUUUCAUCAUGGAGUUCACACAGUUCCAUUUUUUUAUUAUUAUAAGCUUUAUUUAACCAUUUAAGCCUUAUUGAAAUAAAAAAAUGAUAUGUUUUAACAAGAGAGUCGUACCCAAGCCAGGGUCAUACGACAAGCCAUGUCGUAUGAUCACAAUAUUUGUAAAAUAUUAAUCCAAAAGAAAAGUAAAGUAGGGAAUGAUUACAGGGAAUCAUGAUCAGUUAAAACCACAGCUGGAUAUCCCUCACCUCAUCCUUCCCCUCCAUGCUGGGAUAGAUUAUGAGCCAGAGGAAAAGGGUCAUUUGAGUUUGAAACCCUGGGUUUCACAUUAUUCAAAUGACUUGCUUCAACGAGCCUUUAUUCUGGUCAAGGAGAAAACCCCCCCACACAUUUUCAGUAGGAGGAGGUGGGGAAUAUGAAAAUAGCACGCUAAUCCAUCUUGAUAUUGCAAUAAUGAUGAUAUUUCACUGAAAUAGUAAAAGUGUUUGUUUUGAUAUGUAAUGAUUUGUCCAGUCCAUCUACCGAUACUGAUAACAGUCCAUUUGACACCUUUUUAAACUAUUAAUCUGCUCCCAUACAGACAAAAUAACAGAAAUUACUCUUUGCGUUAUCCGAUCCAGGGAUUUUGACCAGUAUGGGCUCAUCCGUAUAACAAAUAUAGACAGAAAUGAAGUACAAUAAAAAUUAACAUAUGUACAACUCUAAUUAAAACAUUAAACAGCUUUGUAUGUAUAAUUUACACUUAAUGUAAUACAUUUAAUUUCCUGAUAAAUACAAUCGGCCAAACAGUAUUAUUGUUAUUAAAUUAAAAAAUAUAGCUUGAAAACAUAAUUAGUAUUCUGUCUUCUAUCACCUAACUUGCACCUCACUGCGCCUCAGUGGUGGGCCACAGGCUGCGAGUUUGGGACCUGAUAUUAUUAUUAUUAUUUUUAAUUUAAAAAAAAAGAAGUAUCUAAUAUUUUUAUCUUAAUGACAGAGAAGGAAAGUUUGAAUUUAUGAAAAGUGUUAUAAAUCAAAGCAAUUAUAAUGUAAAUGUGUCGUUAAUUUGACUGUACAUGUGAUUCUGAAUACAUUAUCAGUUGUGUUGGUUUUUCAAAUGAAAUCUACAUUAUUGCAUGUGAAGGCUAAUGUAUAAAGAAAUGUACUUUUGACACAAUAAACCCUUACGAUUUCAAUAAAAAUCAUACCUUAAAUUA